GAGAGGACGACAGGAAACACAGGGAAAGUGACAGAGAGUGACACACCGCCAUCUCAAAGAGGAAACCGGCAAAUGUUCUUUCUCCUCAGUGAUCCAUCGCCUGGGUCUGAGUUCAUCACUUCACUUCUUUAACGACACGGCGCUUGAUUAGUUUCCCUGCUCGUCACUUCAAAGCCUCUCCACUUGCAUAUCUUUAAAAAUGACGUAAAGUGGUGCAACCGGUGUGGCUGUGUUCACCGGGGGAUUUUCAGAUGCUCGGUUUAUGGAUGCUCGGAUUGUGAUGUCAAACUUUGCUCUCCUUCCUCCUCUCCUUCCUCUUCUUCUUCUCUUCCAUUCCACCGUCCUUCUGCACGAGCCACGGACCAGUAAUAUUAAAAACGUUGGACUAAAUGAAGUUACAACAGGCUUUUUUAACAAAUGAACAAUGAUACCAGGAGCGUUUUGAUUGUAACUCACACCGACCAUGUGGGUAGCUAGAUAAGAACAGGCCACUCUUCUGAGAAUAUGUUCUCCCGGAAUCGCUUCAACGGACAACAUGGAGCAGGUGUUUCCCCUAAAGGAGGCACCAAGACUAAAGUCCAGCCACCCAAAAAGAGGGCUCCGAAUCCUCGAGUAGCACUCGUCAUCCGGGGUAAAAUACACCGUCUCCUGCAAGGAUCUGCGGACCACCAUGUCCCAGAGUCCCAGCACUAUUAUGCAGGUAUUGAGGAUGAGGAGGCGGCAUCGACAACAGAGGAAAGUAGGCAGGAGCAUAGAAGGACAUAUCCAAAGGUCAGCCAGAGGACUGGAGACUACCCCCCAAAAGUGCCAAAUGGUAAAGAACAUGGAGUGGCAUCAGGGCCCCCAUGUGUUGGAGAGGUGGAGCUGAACAGAGAAGGAUGUUUAAGAAUACCCUGCACUCUGCAGCAUAGAGUCUGCAGAUCCCCAGCAAAUAGGAAGCGUAUCUCGUUUGAGAGUGAUACUCGGAUCAUUCCUGAGCAGAUGCGACCGCCCUACAGCCCAAGUAGCCCGGACAUGAAUGGUUCUAAAUAUGCAGGAGCAGCUGGAAGGGAGUUUGCUUCACCCCGUAGUCGACCAAAGAGACCAUACUCUACCGGAGACUGUCUGGACUACAACUUCAACAGAGCUCUCCCAGGAACACUGCUAGAAGAGGACGAAGACAAAGAGGAGGAGUCAAGUGCCAUCAUUGAUCACAUUCUAAAAGAGCUGAGGGGGAUCAACAAAAUCCAGGAGGAAAUCUCAGACCUCAGGGAUUACCUGACCUCAGUUCGAGGGUCGGUUGAGGAAGUGUCAUCCUGUGUUGAUGCUGUAUUGUUAGAGAUUGAGGGCAUCCGUUCUAAUAAGGCUGGUUCAGGGGCACAUGCUAGUACAUGGUCAGGGGCAGGGUGCAAAGAUGGAUCAUCUCCUCGCAGAAGGCCUGCUAGUGCGUACGGCAGUUUAGGGAGCGCAAAGCCAAAGUCUGAUUUAAAUCUUUUCCACCCAGUCUGCAGUGAGCGCCAUAGCGUUCAUGGAGAAUUGAUGUUACCAAGGUCUGAGGAGUCUACUGUUUCACCCAUCGCUGAAUCAGUGGAUCAUCAGGACCUGGAGGAACCUGAUGAUAAUUCUGACCACAGUUCAGAUAUUCCAGUAGGUGCUAUAGCAAGGAAGCUCAGCUUUGGUUACCUGGGGCAGGAUGGCCACGACUAUCCAAGCACCAGCUCCCUGUCUUCUGGUCACAGUUCAAAGUCUGAGUCAGACCUUGAUAGACCAUUAUCUAGUCAUGGGAGAAAACAGCAAAGAGCUGAAGACAGGGAGGAACACUGGACUAACACUGGACCUCCACACAGUGCCACUGCAGAGUCUGUGUGGCAUCAGGAAUCUUACCUCAGGGACAGACGUCAGGAGUUGCAUGAAGAUGAUUGUAAAGGUGCUGGUAGCUGGGAUCACUACAGUGUAGGAGGAUAUGGUACAUUGGAGAAGUGCUCCACAGGAAGCUCAGAACAUCUCUCUGGUAAACAUUACAACUCACCUGCAAGUGCUUCUAGCAGGGAGGAGUGGCAGUCACGGAGGAGAAGGUCUGGGACCAAGUCUGGGACUCGUGUUCCAGCAGGUACCAACCUUGUUAACCCCACUGUGGGAUAUGAGUGUGCUGCGGAUUUGUCCUACCCUCAAAGUUCUGGUUACCAUUCAGUUGAUGGGCAUGAUGGAGAAGCAGAGUUUGACUAUCAGCAAUCAAAUGACCUGAGCUACACUUUAGACUCUCAAGUUGAUACCUAUCAGGAAAGUUAUUUACCCUACGAAGAAUCUUCAGAAGUGACGUGGAGUGAGUCGUACCUGUGUAGUGCUGUAGGUGGUGUAGAUGGGCCAUUCGUUCAAGAGCCUGAAAUCGGUAACUUUGAAAACUGGCUUCCUCCUCCUGGCAGUGCCGACGUCCCAGAUGCUGGUUUCAAUGUCAAGCGUAUAGGUCGAGCUGUACUGGAUUUCAGCUCUGCCUUACGGGGGGCAUUACGCAAGAUUGAAGUACCUGUAGCUCAAAAUCCUGGAGAGGAAACAGACUUUGCUAUCACGAUGCCUUCUGACCUACCCACAGCUGAGAUGCCUUCAAAACCUUCAUGCUACGACACACAAUUCGAACAAUCUGAGGAACAAACAUCUGGUAAAACCAGGAGGAAAACACAUAUGGUUGAUAGUAGUGAUUUUGUUAGGGAAUUGAUCAAAAACGGUUCUCUAAACAAAUCAGAUCAUUUCUCUGAGCAUAUAAUCGAAGAAGCCACGAAACGCCUUAUCUUGGAGUCUAUGGACGUCUCCAAACGUCCUCCUUAUUCAGACAAGGUUCCUUCAUGCCAGGAGGAGCUGGCAGUCUGCACGGACCCAAUCUCCAGUAGCACUGCAGUAUUACCUCCACCUGAAAGCCUUACAGAACAGCCUGCUGGAGGCCAAGUAGGAAAGCAUUUAGUAGGCCCUGCAGAAGGUCUGGAAGACACACCUGCAGAUCUGAGUGGAAAAGCCCAGAUUUCCCAAUGCACCACCACAGAAUCUCUCUCGGUCUCCCUCUUGGCGGAUGAACCUGUAGCCCCAGAGGAGCAGGGAGAAACCGAUGUACCACUUUCAAACCAGUUAGCCACCGAUAUCUCCGCCGCAGAGGGAGAUGCAGGAGAGCCACAUGUGGACUUAAGCCAAAUGGACGAACGCAGGCUGAAGUGCCUGAGGGGCUUCCAGCAGAUUCUACGGGAGAAGAGAGAGACCAGACGUAACCUCACCAGUAUGACCAUGUCCAGCUUCUCUCAGGAAUACUUUGAACCAGAUGGAAGCCAAGAUGGAGAUCAGCUAAUUGAAGAGCUUGAGGUUUCACGAGACGUCGGCCUCAAGGCACCGGGGGCCUAA